CCUUUGUUAUGGUGGGGAGGGAACUAUUAACACUGUGGAAAACCUUUGGAAGCUGCUUUUAGCUCAUGAUCUAGAAUAGGACAUAAAUGAUUAAGAUGGAAAAGUUUCACUAUACUCAUAGAGCUGACAUGGGUUUUUUUGUCUGAUAAUGGAAGAUGUCGUGGAUCCAAAGUCAAGUCCCCUCUCUGCUCUGAGUGAAUUGAAUGGCCUUAGACAAAUUACAAGUUUCUGUUGUUAUGUGCCUGCAAGUCACAGGAGGUUUGCCAUUGGCUUCCCCUGAGGUUGAGAGCAUGUGACUUGCCCAAAGUCAUCCAGUGGAUUUCACGGCCAAGCGGGGAACCACUAUACUUCAUUGGCUGUCCUAAAUAGAAUGAAAUAUUAAUGCCUUCUGUCAGAGAAUUUGUAAAAGAUUUGUAUCUUCCUAGGGAAAGUUCUGGGCUUGUUCUGCUCUCAAGUUGCCCAAAUACUAUCCGUCAUGUCCAUAACUUCUAUAUUCAGUCUCGAAGAGCAAGAAAUCCAACCGCUACCUAUUGUGCCAUCACUACCAGGAUUCCUGAAACCUCAGAGGGUGAGAUUAGUACAGGCCUCAAACUGAUUCAAGUUGAAGAUUUCGACCUGGUGGUGCCUGUGGCUUCCCCUUCUCAUAAGAGCCUCCAAAGGAAGGAGGUGAAAAAAACCCUGACCCGCUACAAGGUGCUGGACUCUCAUGAAGGCUGUGCGUUGCUGCAACUACAGCCACUGACAGGUGUGUUGUUGGCAGCUCACAGAGCAGAAAGUGCCUGAGGGGGACAAGGAAGGGUGUUACAAUAUGGAAAGAAA